AUGUCCUGCUUCAUUCUAUACCUGGCGGCGCUCGGCCUCCGGGCAGGCGUGGCUACAAUGGACCAGACUUUCUCCAGCUCUGGAGAGAUGGACAUCAGCGCCUGUCCCAUCACUUACUAUGGACAGGAGUACCAAAAAGUCUAUGUGGCGCUCAACGACAGCCGAUUCACGCUAUGCUUCAACGGCGCUUACCAAAGCGGUGUCCAAAACGACUGCAUAGUGAUGUCGGGAGGGACAGCGGACAGAGGCAACUGGUCCGUACUCACACAGGAGAUCCCCGCAGGAUCCGGGGUCCAUAAGAUCUUGCCAGACCUGAAGCAUGCUGGGAAAUGCGUCAACGUGAUACCUUUGAAAGACAGGGAAUAUUCUGAGGUUCAACAGGUGGAACUGGGAAACUUCGGAACACAGGCCAUUCUCGCCAUCAGGACGUAUUCCGGGUACACGGAUGCAGAUCUGGUGGCGGACGCGCAGGUCAAAGGUCAAACGGUUUCCAAACACGUGUUUCCCGCCAACGAAACCAGCACGGGCGUCAUUACAGACAUGAGUGGAUGCCGACUCUCAGGUUCCGUGUACAUGACCAAUACCACGGUUAGCGACCCAGACAUCUGCUCCAUGGUGACCUGUGACGUGAAUGGAGUCGCCACCGCCGUCAGUGACUGUGCGCCCAUGCACCAAUGCCGGGGCAACGGAAGCUGCAGCUUUGACGCCAUGUGCACUCUUACCGCCUCCACCGUCAUCGAUUUUAUCGGCCGCGUUCACACCGUCUCCGACCGCUGCGGAUACACUCUAAUGAAGUCCGAGGCUGUCCCAAACGUCCGGAUACAGGGCGUCUUCCGAGAGCGCCGCCGCAAAGAUGUCAGCUUCUUGGACCAUGUGAUCCUGCAUCUGGACAGCCAAGAUGUUCAGAUGAAGCUCCUGCAAGGUGGAAGAGUGGAGAUCAAUAACAGGUUGCAAGCCCUCGACACCACAGCUACAGUUGUCCACGGCGUGGAACUCUUCAAGGGCCCGAGCGGAGUGACUGCUAAGAUAUCACAGUCCGACUACGUGCUGACAGUAUUCUUUGACGGCAACAUGGCGCAAAUCCACCUAAAGGGUGAAAACGAAGCCGCUGUGCACGGAUUAUGUGGAAAUUCUUCCGUGGAUUUUAGCGAAGAGAGAGUCUCGGAGCACAGCGUUACGGGCUGUGAGAUGCAACACAAAGAAGCCGAGGAUAGCAUGAUGGACUGCAACUCCACGACUGAAUGGUGUCAGCUUAUGCUGCAAGAUCCCUUCACGCAGUGCCAUGUACACAUCCACCCAGAGGCCUUCAUUUCGGCCUGCGUCGACCAUUUGUGUCGAUCCCCGGCAGUGGAUGGCAUCGAAUGCCACUUCAUGGAGGCCUACACCAGGGCCUGCCACCAACAGGGCAAUGUCACGGUGGACGACUGGAGAUCAGUGACUGAAUGCGCUGCCGGUCCUGAGGCUCUCUGUCGGGACAAGUUCUGUACGGACCAGGAAUUCUGCGGCGUGAGCUACGACGGAGAAGCCCACUGCCUUUGCCGAGCCCUUUUUGCCUCCGACUACAGAGCCAACGACAAGUUUGGUGAGCCGGCGGUUUGCAACCACUCGUCUGCGGUGGUGAACAUGCACUGUUGCCUUCUGUUGGAGAAGGGCAUCGACUACACGAGGCUGCACCUCAAUGAUGAGAGCUGCAAAGGCGACAUUGACGAUAAGACCCACGUGGUGACGUUCAACUUCAAUCGGGACCGUACUUGUGGUGCAAUCAUCAAGGCAAACUCGAGUAAAAUCACCUACAAGAACGUCAUCAUGAGCCCUAACGUGUCCAGUGUCGUAACACGGUACAGCAACGUGCACAUGGACUUCUCCUGCCAUUUUGACCAACCAGACCUGGACGGCCUGGCCAUCAGAAUCAAAGACAGCCCAGUGAUUAAACAUUUCACGUCGGGAGAGUGGGAUUACACCCUGACCAUGACUGCAUACACGAAUCCUGGAAGAACACGACCCGUACAGUCAAGUACGGGGGUUCUGCUGAAUGAAAAAAUCUGGAUCGAGGUCAAAGCGUACGGACUGGAGGGAAACGACAUCUCGGUGGUGACAGAGUCCUGCUGGGCCACCGAUCGCUUGUCUUCAAACGGGAGUGUUCGAUACGACCUCAUCAUCGCGGGAUGUCCUAACCCUGCUGACUCAACAAUCCAUAUGGAACGCAACGGGCAGGGAACGUCCAACUACUUCUCCUUCAACACGUUCAAGUUCUUGGGCACAGACAGUGAAAUAUUCCUGCACUGCAGGGUCGACCUGUGUGCACAACCGGGAGACUCCUGCAUCCAGGUGUGCAACCAGCCAGCAAGGAGGCGUAGAUCUCUCCGGACUAUUGACACGACUGGAGGUCCAGCCAUAGUGACCAUGGCCUGGACUUAAGCAGGAGCUUCACGCCCCCCGACUUCCUCCUCGUCUCGCUGGUCAUCUCGGAUUUUUUUGUGAGCUUCCUGCUGCUCUGCCAAGCUGGACCCUUGGCGACGCCAUGCGUGCUUUCUACCUGCUGCUGGAAUACCUUCUGAUGUCCGCCUCUGUGGGCAACAUGGCGCUCAUUUCCAUCCAUCGCUAAGUGGCCGUUUGCGACCCCUGCCGCUACGCCACCAGAGCCCCCCCUAAGAGGACCCGAUUGUGUGUUUAUCUGUCGUUCUUCUCAUGCUGUUAUUCCGGAACAAACUGCUGCACCGGAGUGCUUUGGCGACUGCGUGUUAUCCGGCAGCUUCAUGGAGCUGGUGGAGGACAUGGUGGUGACCUUCAUCAUCCAUAUCGCCGCCAUCAUGCUUCUGUACUUGAGAGUGUUUGCGGUGGCCUUGAUGCACCUGCGUGCCACAGCAUCCAGAGGAAAGAAACCAAGGCGACCUUGACCUUGGGAUGGUGGUGACGUUCCUGGUGUUCCUGGUGUUCCUGGCGUUCCUGGUGUUCCUGGCGUUCCUCUGGCCGUAUAACAUCUACGUGAUGACAGGGUCGGACAACGAGCACAAAAUAUCUUCUCAACCGUUCCUGGUCUGUUUCUUCUACUUGAACUCUUGCCUCAACCGGGGAAAUCGGGGAAAAGGUAAUAAUUACGGGAAUAAAGUCAAAAUAUUAUGGGAAUAAAGUUUACGAUAACUUAAAUAUUUCCAAAAUGUAGAAAAAAGCAGCAAAGAUUAAGACUGAUGGACCAGUAUAAUGAGGUGAU